UCGGCGAGCUGACGCUCGUCGCGGCGCUGCUCGCCUGGGGCGGCGCGGCCCUCGGGGCCGCGCGCCAGCGCUUCACCGUCGAGCAGCUGCUCGGCAGCGAGUUCCCCGUGCUCAGCAGCAACGACUUCGACCUGGACAUCUGCAAGGCGGCCGAGUUCCUGGGCGACAUCGCGCUGCCGGACGCCGCGUACGAGGCCGCGUGGCGGCCGCGGGAGCCGCGGGCCGCGCGGCGCCGCCGGCACCGGCGGCCGCGGCGGCGCCGGCGCCAGCGGCGCGCCGCCACCGCGCGCAAGGAGCGCAUCUGGGACCACGGCGUGAUCCCGUACGAGAUCGACGGCAACUUCUCGGGCGCGCACAAGGCCCUGUUCAAGCAGGCGAUGCGCCACUGGGAGAACUUCACCUGCGUGAAGUUCGUGGAGCGGUCGGCGCGCGAGCACCCCAACUACAUCGUGUUCACCGAGCGGCCCUGCGGCUGCUGCUCGUUCGUGGGCAAGCGCGGCAACGGGCCGCAGGCCAUCAGCAUCGGCAAGAACUGCGACAAGUUCGGCAUCGUCGUGCACGAGCUCGGCCACGUGGUCGGGUUCUGGCACGAGCACACGCGGCCCGACCGCGACCGCCACGUGCAGAUCAUCCGCGACAACAUCAUGACCGGCCAGGAGUACAACUUCAACAAGCUGACCGAGGACGAGGUGAACUCGCUGGGCCUCGCCUACGACUACGACUCGAUCAUGCACUACGCGAAGAACACGUUCUCGAAGGGCACCUACCUCGACACGAUCCUGCCCAUGGAGGUGCAGGGCCGCAAGCGGCCGGAGAUCGGCCAGCGCGUGCGCCUCAGCGAGGGCGACAUCGCGCAGACGAACCUGCUGUACCGGUGCAGCGCCUGCGGGCGCACGCUGCAGGAGAACAGCGGCAGCCUGGGCUCGCCGGCGGCGGGCGCCGAGCGGUGCGAGUGGCGCGUGAGCGCCACCCACGGCGAGCGCAUCGUGCUGAACGUGAGCGCGCUCGACAUCCUGAAGAGCGACUACUGCCGCACGGACUACCUGGAGGUGCGCGACGGCUACUGGCACAAGAGCCCGGUGCUCGGCCGGUUCUGCGGCAGCGGCAAGGUGCCCGAGCCCCUCGUCUCCACGGGCAGCCGCAUGCUCGUCACGUACGUGGCGUCGGCGCGCGGCCUCGCCGCCGGCCACGCGGGCUUCCGCGCCGGCUACGAGGCCGUCUGCGGCGGCGAGCUCGCGCUCGAGGCCGCCGCCGGGCACCUCGAGUCGCCCAACUACCCCGAGGAGUACCAGUCGGGCAAGGAGUGCGUCUGGCGGCUCUCGGCGCCGCCCGGCUACCAGGUCGCCCUCAAGUUCCAGUCGUUCGAGGUCGAGAGCCACGACGGCUGCGCCUACGACUUCGUGGAGGUGCGCGACGGGCACGCGCCCGAGGCCGCGCUCAUCGGCCGCUUCUGCGGCUACAAGCUGCCGCCCGACCUGCGCUCCAGCGGCAGCCAGCUGCUCGUCAAGUUCGUGAGCGACGCGACCGUGCAGAAGAGCGGCUUCUCCGCGAGCCUGCUCAAGGAGUUCGACGAGUGCGCGCUGCCCGACCACGGCUGCGAGCACGAGUGCGUCAACACGCUCGGCGGCUUCGAGUGCGCCUGCCGCCUCGGCUACGAGCUCCACUCGGACGGCAAGCACUGCGAGGACGCCUGCGGCGGCCGGCUCGAGGCGAGCAACGGCACCAUCGCCAGCCCGUCCUUCCCCGAGGCCUACCCCAGCGACAAGCACUGCGUCUGGGAGAUCGUCGCGCCCCCGCAGUACCGCAUCACGCUCAACUUCACGCACUUCGACCUCGAGGGCAACAACGUCUACGAGCAGCCGUGCAAAUACGACUGGCUGGAGGUGUCGAGCAGCCUGCGCGAGGCGGUGGUCAAGCGCCACGGCGUGUUCUGCGGCUCGCGGCCGCCGCCCGUCAUCACCUCCGAGGGCAGCGCGCUGCGGCUCGUCUUCUCCUCGGACGCGAGCAUGCAAAAGUCGGGCUUCGCCGCGGUCUUCUUCACCGACAUGGACGAGUGCGCGGACAACAACGGCGGCUGCCAGCACGAGUGCAAGAACACCGUGGGCUCGUACCACUGCUCCUGCCACAACGGCUUCAGCCUGCACGAGAACGGGCACGACUGCCGCGAGGGCGGCUGCAAGUACGAGAUCGGCGCGCCCGCGGGGCCCAUCUACUCGCCCAACUACCCGGACUACUACCCGGGCCGCAAGGACUGCGUCUGGCACCUGGCCACGACGCCCGGCCACCGCGUCAAGCUCGUCUUCAAGGUCUUCGACAUGGAGCCGCACCAGAGCUGCGACUACGACCACGUGGCCGUCUACGACGGGGACUCGGCGGAGGCGCGCCCGCUGGGCCGGUUCUGCGGCAACAAGGAGCCCCACCCGAUCCUCGCCUCGGCCGAGCGCAUGCUGGUGGUCUUCCGCAGCGACGGCUCCGUGCAGAAGCGGGGCUUCUACGCCGAGCACAGCACGGCCUGCGGCGGCCGGCUGCCCGCGGCCGAGCGCACGCGCCAGUUCUUCUCGCACGCGGGCUACGGGCGCGAGCUCUACCGCGCGCGCAUGGACUGCGACUGGACGCUCGAGGCGCCGCCCGGCAGCAACGUGCACCUCAGCUUCGACCGGUUCGACCUCGAGGACGAGCAGGACUGCGGCUACGACUGGGUGGAGGUGCACUCGGGCCUCGAGCCCUCGAGCCCGAGCUUCGGCCGGUACUGCGGCAACUCCACGGGCGCGGACUUCAUCUCGACGGGCGAGGCGCUGCUGGUGCGCUUCAGGACCGACGAGAGCGUGCCGCGCGCCGGCUUCGCGGCCAGCUACUACGCGCUGCGCCGCCGCGACAGCGAGGAGGAGCUCGUCGACGGCGAGGACCAGGAGGGCAACGGGCUGCUGCUGUCGUCGGCCGGCCGGUAGCGAGCGCCCCGGCCCAGAGGCUCGGCGCCGACCCGCCGCACGGCGCCAAGCCCGCCGCCCGCUGGGCUGGCCUGCGGGCCCGCCUGGCCAGGCGGCUGGGCGGCGUCGCCGACCGCCUGCCGCGCCCGCGCUGCCCCGCCUGCAGGCG